UCAAGAAAAAGCCCGUGAAAGUUUUCCGUCAGAUCGAUAAACACAACUUCCGGAGCCCAUCGCUCGUCUUAUUCGAUUCAAGCGGCAAGUAACAUUUUCCAGCUGAUGCUCGGGAUCGAACGGAAAUGGAGGACAGGCCUCCGGCGAAAGAGGACGUGUCGCCGGCGACGGCAGUUUUGCUCGGGGCUCUCGCGCCGGGAGUCAACGGUCCGACAUGGAACGCGCUGAAGAUGGCGUUUGUGAUGCUGGGUGGGUCGCUCGCCGUCAUGAUGGGCUUGGCCUUCUCUUCGAGCGAUUCUUGGCUGACCCUCCAUGUCUCGUUCCUCGUGAUUAUCACGCUCGCUCUGUUCUUGCUUCUUAGCUGUUUGAUUUAUUGCUUCUCUCUGCCUCAUAGAAUGCUUGCCUCCAGCUCUGGGGAAAUGCAAGAUUUAAGUAUGCCUAAUGUAUUAUAACUCCCUAAGAACAAAACGUACAAUAGGAUUUUACAUGGAAAUUCCCCAGUACUUGAUGGCCUGGGAACCGUGUGUCCAUUUUCCUUUUAACCCGUCUCUCCUUUCCCCCAUAGUUCUUAAAUAAUUGGGAAUGGAGACUUAAGUUGGAUAGAAACUUCUGACCUCUUAUUUAUAUGUCAGUUUACUUUAGUUCUUCCAAGAUGUGAUGACAAGGCAGUAACCAAACACUCUUUUGGACCGCUGCUGUUAUUUCCACAGCUUCAACGGUCGUGAGAGCAACUAGGGAAUGUUUCCAAAACCAAAUUUCCAGAAUAGCAUCCACUUUCUGAAACUGCGCUUUGUGGCCAUUCAUUUUCACCUGUCUUUGUAGCUGGAUCACUUGCAGUGACUCACUUUUCAGUCCAAUGCAUCUCCUGUAUUUAUGUCCAUUGCCAUCUCAAUCUCGUCAAACUAAUGCUUCGCCAAUGUCCCUCCUCUGCUCCUAUCAGUUCAUGAGUUGCAGAUUGUCAUCAGAAACAAACUGAAUGUUUGAAGUGAACGACUUCUCUGCAAAGUUUGGACGUCCUUCGGGAAUUGGAAUUUUAAUGUAUGGCCAGGAUGUUCUAACUAAGCCGCCAUAGACAAUCCAGACUUGUUCUAGGUGUCCCAUCAUGUCAUAAAACUAAAAUGCAGAUUAUUGGAACCCUCACCAACCCACCAAACUGGUUUACUGGGAAAAAGACAUUUUCUUUUCCAGGGAUAUCCUGUUUUGCCCCAUUUUCAUUAUCGUCCAAUGCAUGCUUAUUCUCUUCCUUUUCUUCGUUUCUGUGGAUUUUUAUCAUUUUGUAUCACUUUAUAUUCUGGAGUAGCUGUCCAAACAACUGACAUGGAUGAAUCUAGUUUUUGGUCAUUAGUCUCAAACUUUAUCAUUUGCUGGGAGAUAAGUUUUGGUUCUUUUAUCUUCGAAGUGUUGUUCUCAGGAGACGGGCAUGUUUU